AGAGUAAAAUAAUAGUAAACCACAAACACAAAAGGGAAUACUAAUAAAAAGGAUGUCCUUUUGUCCAAAGUUGUAAACCUAUCAUCUCUCACCUCACAUGUCCGUGUGGAAGACAGAAAGAAAGGGGAAAAAAACUCAAAAAGGGCUUUAGAUUUCAAGAAAAGGGGUUAGCAAAAAGUUCUGCUAGCAAAAGCCAAUCAAAUAGUUAAAGUAUUAGUUGUGGGCAAAUCAAGAAAGCCUGAGAAGAAUGCUAACUUCUUCAUUGAGGCUCCCUUUUUUGCCUCUUCCUCACUCCCAUCUUACAUUUUCCCCUUUGAAUUUCAAUAAAGUUGUUCACUUUAACAACCCCAAUUUUCCCUUUAGUUCUUCUAUUUCCUCUUCCAACAGAUUUGCUUCAACAAACGCAUCUUCUCGUGGACAGCAGACGUGGCCAGAUGGAGAUGCUGAAAGCAACGAUAAUUUGAGGAAUGAAGAUGAAUAUGCAAUUCAGAUGUUUGGUUCCGAUGACGAACUCAGCUCUCAGAUUCCAACUCAAGCUCAGUCUGUUGUUGAAGGAUCAGGAUCAGUUUUGGUAACAGAGUAUAAGCCAGUUCCAGAUGUGGACUAUCUGCAGGAGUUGUUAGCAAUUCAACAACAAGGUCCAAGAAAUAUUGGCUUUUUUGGGACACGAAAUAUGGGAUUUAUGCAUCAAGAACUUAUUGAGAUUUUAAGCUAUGCCUUGGUCAUUACGAAAAAUCACAUCUUUACUUCUGGAGCAGCAGGCACCAAUGCUGCUGUCAUUAGAGGUGCUCUUCGUGCUGAGAAACCCGAGCUGCUAACUGUGAUAUUGCCGCAAAGCUUGAAAAAACAACCUCCGGAGAGUCAGGAGCUAUUGUCUAAAGUGAAACAUGUGAUAGAGAAACCUCACAAUGACCAUCUCUCGCUGCUAGAAGCUAGCAGGUUGUGUAACAUGGACAUCAUUUCCCAAGUGCAACAAGUUAUUUGCUUUGCCUUUCAUGAUAGCAGAUUGCUUAUGGAAACAUGUCAAGAAGCCAAGAAUCUUAGGAAGAUUGUCACUCUCUUUUACUUGGACUAAUGGAUAACAACAACACUCUGUUCAUAGAUUCUUUGCUAUUGAAUAUUUUCUCUGUUGAUUAGGAGGGAAUAUACACAUAUAUGGAAAUUAAUGCGAUGCAGAAAUGUUCCGAUUCAUGCCAUAUUCAUUUAAUAGAGUAGAUGUCUCAUCGACUACAACAUGAUUUAUAGAUGUAUUUAUUUUGCAAAUGAGGUGCAAUGCAUCCUUGUAUUUCCACAUA